CACUGGGCCAGAAGCCCGGACCUCACCCACUCCUUCCCAUGCUCAGCCUCCUGGAGUCUCCUCCGUAACCCUUUGGUUUCCUGAGAGGAGCAAGGUGCUUUGAAGGAGCCUCCAUGGUGGCCAGGGCUGAGGGUGUAUGCUAAGUGGGCGGAGGGUGGGAGUCCCAGGGACCAUGGCCCGGAAAGGGAGGUGGUGUUUUCCACAGACUCUUGUUCUAGAGCCAGAGGGGCAAAACAAGCACGAGGCUGCAUCAGAAGCUCCCUCGGUGGGGAGGGGGGUUGUGGGUCCCCAGUUCCUGGCAUGCAGCCUGGGGGGGUUGUGGGUCCCCAGUUCCUGGCAUGCAGCCCGGGGGGUGUUGUGGGUCCCCAGUUCCUGGCAUGCAGCCCGGGGGGUGUUGUGGGUCCCCAGUUCCUGGCAUGCAGCCUGGGGGGUGUUGUGGGUCUCCAGUUCCUGGCAUGCAGCCCUGAUCCUGGGGCCUGGCUGCCAGCUUCCGCCUGGGCUGGCAUAGGGGACAUGCAGUUGGCCACUCUGGCUCUGAGCUGGCUGGGCACAACGUAUCAGGGUGAGGGGGGCCCUAGGGGCCUCAAGCAGGAGGGCUGAGGACACCACCAGUUAGUCUAUUGGUGGGUGGCUUUGGGUGGCACCAGUGCUGGGUGGCGUGGGUUUGACCUGUUCUCCCUCCUGGCUCAGCACGGGCCCGAGAGCCCAGUGUCCUUCGGGCCUGCCCUUCCUGGAGCAUGUCUGGUUGGAAGGGUGUCCCCACAAGGCUGUAAGAUGGUGGGGGCUGGCUGCUGGUUAAAUUUAGUGUGGGGGGUGGGGCAGCUGCCCAAGGUCCACCUGCCACCAGGGUUGCCACUUGGGCUCUGCUGCCAGGGGGCGGGCAGGGGCUGGCUCUGCCUGAGGCCAGGCCCAUAUUAACUUGUGCUCCAGCCUGGAGGCCAGAGGGCCAGGCCUGCACCGGGGAGGCCGUUGUGGCAGCGGAGCAGAGAAGUGCAAGGUGAGAGGCCUGGGGGCCAGCUGUCCGGGGUUCCUUACAGCUUUUCCCCUGGCCAGCAGAAUCAGAGGAGCCAAGGCCCGCCUUGGGCCUGACCGGCUGCCCACAGCCCUGCUCAGAGGGCCGACUCCCUGACCCCCGUGGUUCAGGUUUCAUUGUGGGCCACUGGGGUGGGCCAGCAUUGAGCGUGGCCUUUCAGCUCUGCAGGUCUGUGGAGGUGGGGCUCUGGUGGCCUAUGACAACUCGCUUCCUACUCUCUCCUCCAAUGGGGAACAAGAGGGACGGAGAACUCAGGUCACCCCUAGCCUGGGGUGUGUCCCAAGGGCAACCCUAGGCUAGUGCCUGGCAAAAGGGCAUGACAGCAGCCACGGUGUGAGGUGUCACAGGGCCCAGAGCUAGACUGCCUGGCUCCAGCCCCUCCCCUAGCCCCUCACAGGGCUCAUCAGGGACUAAGGUCCAGAUACAGCUUUUGCUGCCUCCGGGCCAUGGCUGCCAGCCCUGCAGAGGCCAGAGGGAACCCAGAGCCCGAACAUGCCUCCCCUCCCCCUAGCACCCCCUGGAUUCCUGAGGUCUGGCUCAGUUACUAGGGGAGGUCCGCAGGCCCAAGCAAAGAUUCGGGUGCCACAAGGGCUAGGCCUCAGCCAAGUCCUGCUAGGGUAAAUCCCAGCAGCCCAGGCUCCAGUCUUGCCUUGGGGGUCCCUCCUUUCCAGCUCUGCCAGCCCCUUAGGGCUGCCAGGCACUCAUUUCACCCCCUCAGCAACUCAGGCCCUCCACCUUUUCCCCUCCCCCCCAUGCCUCGUCCCUCAGCGCUGUCAGGACUGACGUCUGUACCUACCCCCCAUGUGGGUCUCCUACUCUCCCUUUCUGGGGACAUUGGGCAGGCACUGGGCCUCACCCCAAGCCCCGCCUGCCGCCUCACCCACUGCCUCUGCCUCCCUGGGGCAGAGCUGUGCCCAGACGGGUGGGGCGGGGCCCAACAGUCCCCAGCUCCUUCAGCCCUUGCUGUCCCUACCAGUGGGGCCAGCUGCGGUGAAGAGAGUGCCCUCUUGUCCAGAGUCCCCCUGCUACGGCUGCCCCCUCCCAGCCUUGGCCCACUGAGCCGGACCCAGCUGUCUCCAUUCCCACUUCUGGUCCUGCCACUGCCUGAGCUGCCUUCCUGCCUGGUCUGGGUAGAGUCAUGGCCUCAAGCACAGUUGACCAGAGCCAGGUGGCAAGGAACGGGCUUCGGGAGAAGGUGCUGACGCUGAACAGCAUGAACCCGAGAGUCCGGAGGGUGGAGUAUGCAGUGCGUGGCCCCAUAGUGCAGCGAGCCUUGGAGCUGGAGCAGGAACUGCGCCAGGGUGUGAAGAAGCCUUUCACCGAGGUCAUCCGUGCCAACAUCGGGGAUGCACAGGCUAUGGGGCAGAGGCCCAUCACCUUCCUGCGUCAGGUCCUGGCCCUCUGUGUCAACCCUGAUCUUCUGAACAGCCCCAACUUCCCUGAUGAUGCCAAGAAAAGGGCGGAACGCAUCCUGCAGGCAUGCGGGGGCCACAGCCUGGGGGCCUACAGCAUCAGCUCCGGCAUCCAGCUGAUCCGGGAGGACGUGGCGCAGUACAUUGAGAGGCGAGACGGAGGCAUCCCUGCUGACCCCAACAACGUCUUCCUGUCCACAGGGGCCAGCGAUGCCAUUGUGACAGUACUGAAGCUGCUGGUGGCUGGUGAGGGCCACACGCGCACAGGCGUGCUCAUCCCCAUCCCCCAGUACCCACUCUACUCGGCCACACUGGCAGAGCUGGGCGCGGUGCAGGUGGAUUACUACCUGGAGGAGGAGCGCGCCUGGGCGCUGGACGUGGCUGAGCUUCACCGUGCCCUGUGCCAGGCGCGUGACCACUGCUGCCCUCGCGCGCUCUGUGUCAUCAACCCCGGAAACCCCACCGGGCAGGUGCAGACCCGUGAGUGCAUCGAGGACGUGAUCCGCUUCGCCUUCCAAGAGCGGCUCUUUCUGCUGGCUGACGAGAAGGUGCUCAUGGAGAUGGGGCCGCCCUAUGCCGUGCAGCAGGAGCUCGCCUCCUUCCACUCCACCUCCAAGGGCUACAUGGGCGAGUGUGGGUUCCGCGGCGGCUACGUGGAGGUGGUGAACAUGGACCCUGCGGUGCAGCAGCAGAUGCUGAAGCUGAUGAGCGUGCGACUGUGCCCGCCGGUGCCAGGCCAGGCCCUGCUGGACCUGGUGGUCAGCCCGCCCGCACCCACCGACCCCUCCUUCAUGCAGUUCCAGGCUGAGAGGCAGGCAGUGCUGGCAGAGCUGGCGGCCAAGGCCAGGCUCACCGAGCAGGUCUUCAGUGAGGCUCCCGGCAUCAGCUGCAACCCAGUGCAGGGCGCCAUGUACUCCUUCCCGCGCAUUCAGCUGCCCCCGAGGGCGGUGCAGCUUGCUCAGGAGCUGGGCCUGGCCCCGGACAUGUUCUUCUGCCUGUGCCUCCUGGAGGAGACCGGCAUCUGUGUGGUGCCUGGGAGCGGCUUUGGGCAGCGGGAAGGCACCUACCACUUCCGGAUGACCAUUCUGCCCCCCUUGGAGAAGCUGCGACUGCUGCUGGAGAAGCUGACCAGGUUCCAUGCCAAGUUCACCCUCGAGUACUCCUGAGCACCCCAGCUGGGGCCAGGCUGGCCGCCCUGGACUGUGUGCUCAGGGCCCUGGGCGCCUUUGGAGCCCACUGUACUUGCUCUUGCUGCCUGCGGGGGCUGGGCCCCUGCCUGUCUGCAGGUCCCUAAUAAAGCUGUGUGUUAGUCUGA